CUGAGCGCAUCUGUCAAUCAAAUAACGUCCUCCCCACUACCGCUGCCACAGUAAAUAUUUGUGUUUGCUCAACCGGCUGUAAUGGUGGACGAGUGAGGCAGAGACACGGAUUACAACUAGGGAGAAGAAAGAAAAGAAAAGAAGAAGAAAAACGGUCGAAAGUCUGCUUAGAGUCAGCAGCCGCGAGUGAAGACACGGGCUUCGUCGAAAAUGGAUGAACUCAAACAUCAAGUCAUGAUUAACCAGUUCGUCCUGACGGCGGGUUGUGCGGCAGACCAAGCGAAGCAGCUUUUGCAAGCGGCACAUUGGCAGUUCGAGACUGCGCUCAGUGCCUUUUUUCAAGAAACAAAUAUCCCAUAUGGCCAUCAUCAUCAUCAAAUGAUGUGCACCCCAGCCAACACACCAGCAACGCCCCCCAACUUCCCAGAUGCGCUGACCAUGUUCUCCCGGCUGAAAGCGUCCGAGAGCUUCAACAGCAGCGGCGGCAACCCCAUGGCCGCCGCCAUGGCCACCUCGCCCCCUCCCCCCCAGGUCGGUGGCUGGGGCGUCCCACCAAAUGUACCUAACCUGCCGCAGCCUCAGCAAGGACUCUGGACUCAGGGGCAGCCCCCCAUGCAGCCCUGCCCCACCUGGCCCAUGGGCGUCAACCCACACACGGGCGCUGAGCAGAAGGCUAGCGUAGCCAUGGAGGCGGAGAGAUGAAGGGCCACGUGGGACUGAAACAACACCCCCUCCUCCCACCUGGAGUUUGAAGGGAGGGGAAGGGAUGCAAAGCGGGGGAGGGUGGGAGGCAAUAAUGGGUAGAAUCGGGACACUUUUUGGAAUAAAAUAAAAACAGACGAGGAAUCUACGAAAACCAAGAAAAACUGAUCGCGGACACUUCACGAAGAGAAAACCGAUGCAAAUGUCAAAACCAGAGAGAGAAAAAAACGCACACGCAUAGUAAUAAGAAAACAACCGAGAUCUUUGUGAGUUUUCUAAGUAAAUGCCUAGAUACAGAAAUUACUAUUGUUGAACUUAAAACCUGAAAUGAAAAAAAAAAAAAAACCAUCGUCACGCCCAAGGAUUCUGUGAUGUUCGAGGACAUUUAAGGCAGCAGACUUUAGUUCAUUGUUUAGUUUCUUCUUUAAAUUUUUUUUCAGCCGGUGUUUUGAACCCACCGGCGUUCUGUGUUUUUCUUCAACAGUCUGUGCUGCAUGAGGAAAGAGGAAGUUGUGACGCAGUGUUUUCGAUCGACUCAAAUUUCUUCACGCACUUGAGUGUGGAUGUGUGUGAAGAGGUCAGUUUGUAAUCAAACACACACAUAUACAGUGUAUAUAACACACACACACACAUUAGGGUUUAGAAGAAACACCUCCACGGUCAUCCCCAUCGUCAUAGGUGGGACUUUUCUUACCUCACCUGGUGGUCACCUGACUUCUUUCAGCCAAUCAGGGAAUUUCUUAAACCAACUGUUGCCGAUGCAGGACAUGUUUUUAAAAGUUAUUUAGUUUUUUCCUUUCCUAAUGGCAGCAGACACUCUGGUUUAUGCUAAUUGAUCCUUUUCCUGACAGUUUUAAACCUGGACUCUGACUGUAUCUGUCCACUGUAUAGUUUUAUUUUUCCCUAACAGAUUUGGGUAUUGCAAGAAAAAUGAGAAUUAUUGUUUGAUAUAAUAUUGUUUAUAAUGCGUUUUUUUGUUGAAAGGUUAAAGGAAGAGGCUUUGAAAGUGGGUGGGGCUUCAGGUUGUGACUUAAUUGCAGCUAAAGAUUUAAACAAAAAAAUAGAUAAAAAGACGAUUACUCCAUCUUUUUAAAGCGAUACGCCACUUUGCAUGACGUUCAUAACCUGUAACAUCUUUUGUAGCAAGCAUACGUGAGGUUGAGGGAUUUUGGGGGGUGGAUGAAGCAAAAGGGCAGGGUGGUGGUGGGAGGUCGUUCCUAAAGUUAAUUUAAAAAAGCAGUGCGUCUCACCGCAAAGACUAAAUUGGACCGAUCUUUGAAAUAAUGGGUACAAUUUGAUAUGAGCCAUCACACCAAAUUGUACCGUGCACCUUUUGGAGGCCCUCCACGGACAGUUUGGGGACACUACAGACUACUUUCAGAUAUACAGCCUCCAGUAUAAAGACCCUCAGACACUGUACUUUGGGGGGGUCUGUACAGUAUAUCGCUGUUGACCGGUCCUGGGUCUGCUGAUGCCGCUGAGAGACGGUUUUGGGAAAACCCUGAUAUAUGGCAAUAUUUUAAUCACAGGGUUGGCCCCCUUUUUGAUUUGUCUUCUGCUAUUUUUACAUUAAUCAAAGAGCAUAAGAGGAAUAUUUUCAAUAGCUGAGGGUCUUUUCAUUUUUUAAAGAGCAAACGCAUAAUUAGAAAAAUUAUUGAUAUAAGAAUCUUAAAUAACCAACAUCCUUUUUUAUGUUUAAUUUUAGACUGAUAAUGUUUGAAUGCAGCCCUUUUUUCCUCCAUGCUUCCUACUUUAUUUGGUUAAAUCAGAGCGUUUGGGUGGGCCUGUUCCUAAAUGGUUUCUCAUGUAUGUUUCUCCCUUGUAUGACUGUAUGAGACCAUUCCCACAAUAUUUGUGGACUACCUGAUAAUUAACUUAUCAUUUUUGUGAACCUAAAUAAAUAUUGUAUGUCAACUGA